AGAGUCGGGGGUUUCCAAGCAUGAAAAUGUAGCCAUCCAUAAUUGCUUACAAAGCCCAAGUCUAAGGAAUCCUAAUCUCCGCGACCUUCUAGAGUGACCGUUGGUGGAGCGCCACGGUGGCCCCGUUUCCUACUCAUUCGCGAAUUUGCCAGCUCCCUGUCAAGCCCCCAGACUCCGAGUAAGCUUCAUCACCCAGCUUCCUCGUGGUCUACAACUUGUUCUUGACUCAAGCCAACCCUCCUUUAUCCAGCACCUUUUUAUUUCUUCUAAGAUGCGUGAAGUCAUCUCCAUCCACCUCGGCCAGGGCGGUAUCCAAGCCGGUAACGCCUGCUGGGAACUGUACUGCCUUGAACACGGCAUCCAGCCUGAUGGCCAAAUGCCCAGUGACAAGACCAUCGGGGGAGGAGAUGAUGCCUUCAACACUUUCUUCUCCGAGACCGGUGCAGGAAAGCACGUCCCGCGUGCUGUGCUCGUUGACCUGGAACCCAGCGUCUGUGACGAAGUGCGCACUGGUACCUACCGUCAGCUCUACCACCCGGAGCAGAUUAUCUCUGGCAAGGAGGAUGCUGCCAACAACUACGCGCGUGGUCACUACACCAUCGGCAAGGAGAUUGUCGACCUGGUGCUGGAUCGCAUCCGUAAGCUGGCCGACAACUGCACCGGUCUGCAGGGUUUCCUGGUCUUCAAUGCUGUGGGCGGCGGAACCGGCUCCGGUCUCGGUGCUCUGCUGCUUGAACGUCUGUCAGUCGACUACGGCCGCAAAAGCAAGCUCGGCUUCACUAUUUACCCGUCACCUCAGGUGUCCACCGCCGUGGUGGAGCCAUACAACUCGGUGCUGUCCACCCACUCACUGCUGGAGCACACGGAUGUGGCCGUGAUGUUGGACAAUGAAGCCAUUUACGACAUUUGCCGCCGUUCGCUGGAUAUCGAACGCCCAACCUACACGAACUUGAACCGUCUUAUUGCUCAGGUCAUCUCGUCUCUAACGGCUUCGCUGCGUUUCGACGGUGCACUCAACGUCGAUGUGACGGAGUUCCAGACGAACUUGGUGCCAUACCCACGUAUCCACUUCAUGCUGAGUUCAUACGCCCCCGUGAUCUCGGCCGAGAAGGCCUACCACGAGCAACUGUCUGUUGCCGAGAUCACCAACAGUGCGUUCGAGCCUGCGUCCAUGAUGGCUAAGUGUGAUCCUCGUCACGGCAAGUACAUGGCUGCGUGUCUGAUGUACCGUGGUGACGUUGUCCCGAAGGAUGUGAAUGCCGCUGUGGCCACCAUCAAGACCAAGCGUACUAUUCAGUUCGUCGACUGGUGCCCUACCGGAUUCAAGUGCGGAAUCAACUAUCAGCCUCCCACGGUUGUACCUGGUGGUGAUCUUGCUCGCGUGCAACGUGCGGUGUGCAUGAUCUCCAACACCAGUGCCAUUGCUGAGGUGUUUUCUCGCAUCGACCACAAGUUCGAUCUGAUGUACGCCAAGCGUGCAUUUGUGCACUGGUACGUCGGUGAGGGUAUGGAGGAAGGUGAGUUCUCAGAGGCCCGUGAAGAUCUUGCUGCUCUGGAGAAGGACUACGAGGAGGUGUCUGCUGAGACUGCUGAGGGUGAAGGUGAGGAGGAGGAGUUGGGCGAAGAGUAUUAACCGACGACUGUGGAUUCGAAUAUUAAGCGCGUGACCCUGGUGGUUGCAGUGUUCAGAAGGAGGAUGACCGAGGAAUGCACUAAUUCAUUUGUAGAUGUUGAGAAGACUUUAUCUUUAGCAAUUAUGCCAUUUGCAAUUUCUCCGUGUCCAGCAAUCCUUAAUCCAUAUAAUUUCUGGAUCAUAUCGAGA